UAAAAAAUUAAAGGUUAUUGAUAGUGAUAUAAAAGCCCGGUUUUUCUGCCCAAAUUACGUCAUCAAUGUCACUUCUCUGCACUGUACACCUUCUCUUUUGCUUUAAUUUUUAGGCUUGCAGCUGUUAACUGCUCUGAGUCCCUUCUCUUUUCUCUCUACUGGAUUUUUCUUGAGCUCUGCAUAAGCACGCAGAAGCCACGUUGGCGUGUUUCAUGGACUCUCGUAGCUUAUGCAGAGCCUACGCAACUUGGUAUCUCUUACUGUCACUUCUUUCACUCUUCCUUGUUCAUUCUACUGCCUGUUCCAACGGCAAUUGCCAGGUUCUUGAUUCAUGUGCUACUGCCACAGACUGUGGGCCAGGUCUCUACUGUGGUAACUGCCCUGCUUUGGGUAAGACUCAACCCGUUUGCACCAGAGGCCAAGCUACAGUACCAACCGCUAUUAUUGGUGGAUUGCCUUUCAACAAGUAUACAUGGUUGGUGACUCAUAAUUCAUUUAGUAUCGUUGAUGCACCGGCUUUGCCUGGUGUUCAAAGACUCACUUUUUACAAUCAAGAAGACACUGUUACUAAUCAGUUGAGGAAUGGAGUAAGGGGAUUGAUGCUGGAUAUGUACGAUUUCAAUAAUGAUAUCUGGCUCUGCCAUUCAUUUCGUGGGCAAUGUUUCAACUUCACUGCGUUUCAACCUGCAGUUGACACUUUAAAAGAAGUGGAAUCAUUCUUGAGUCAGAAUCCAACUGAGAUUGUGACUAUUAUAAUAGAGGAUUAUGUUCAUACUCCAAAAGGGUUAACUAAUUUGUUUACUAGUGCUGGUUUGGACAAGUAUUGGUUUCCUGUGUCCAAGAUGCCCAAGAAAGGUGAAGACUGGCCAACUGUAAUGGAAAUGGUGCAGUCAAACUACCGGCUUCUUGUUUUCACUUCAAUUGCUUCGAAGGAAUCAGAGGAAGGUGUGGCUUAUCAGUGGAGAUACAUGGUGGAAAAUGAAGCUGGAGAUCCUGGGGUUAAACAAGGCUCCUGUCCUAACAGAAAAGAAUCACAGCCACUGAAUUCAAAAAAGGCCUCCCUUUUCCUUCAGAAUUAUUUCCCUACAUAUCCAGUUGAAGCUGAAGCUUGCAAAGAGCAUUCAACUCCACUUGCUGAGAUGGUUGGUACUUGUUAUAAAGCAGCUGGGAACGUGAUGCCCAACUUUUUGGCGGUCAAUUUUUACAUGAGGAGUGAUGGAGGGGGUGUCUUUGAUGUUUUGGAUAGAAUGAAUGGCCAGACAUUGUGCGGGUGCAAUACUGUCCAAGCCUGCCAGGCUGGAGCACCUUUUGGAUCUUGCAAGAAUAUUACUGUACCUAGGAGUCCACCAACUAAUGAUAUGGGAAGCUUUACUGGAUCUGUUCAGUUCUCAAGAUCUGCUUCAACCGCACAUUCUCCAAGUUGUUUGCUUUUCAAAUUACUUUAUCUUCCAUUGAUGCUGUUUCUGUUAUUGCCGCGCUGAAUAAUAUAUACUAUGGGAGAACAUUACUGACCUACCAUAGGAGGCACUAUGAUAUAUAGUAACAAAUCACUGCCUUUUACAACCAGGGUCAAGCAUUGGCUAAUAGAGUUGAGUUAUUUUAGAAAAUUAAAUGAAGAAUUGAAGCAGGAAGUGAUGUAGAUAGUGGUGAAAAGAGAGUUGCAGUGUUUUUCAAAACAUGGUUCAGUUAUGCAGCUUUUACUACAUUGAAUCACUUGUCAGGUAUUGGAAUGUUUUAGAUAUUGACAUUUAUUCAUCUAUGCUUUCUUCACUGAUACC